UUGUGCUGUCAGUGAAUAUUCUCUUAACAAAGGCAAAGGAUGGUGGUUAUACAUUUUCUUUUUGUUUCACCUGAACAUUUUUUGCGAAUUUGAUGCCUUUUCAGUUCCCUGGACUUACUAUUAAUAUAAUCAGCAGGGGAAAAAAAAUGAAUACUGAACUUGGUAACAUUAUUUGAUUCACAUUAGUGUUCAAAAGUUUGGGGUAGGUAAGAUUUUUUAAAAUGUUUUAGAAAGAAAUCUCUUAUACUCACCAAGGCUGUAUUUAUUUGAUCAAAAGUACGGUAAUAUUGUGAAAUAUUAUUGCAAUUUAAAAUAACUGCUUUCUGUUUGAAUACAUUUUAAAAUGUAAUUUAUUCUUGUGAUCAAAGCUGAAUUUUCAGCAUCAUUGCUCCAGCCUUCAGUGUCACAUGAUCCUUCAGAAAUCAUUCUAAUAUGUUGAUUUGGUGCUCAAGAAACAUUUCUUAUUAUUAUCAGUGUUGAUUCACACAUAGAGGUCACAGCUAUUCAGAAAGCCGUUUUCUUGCAUAUGUAUGGGUUUUGAUGGCAUAGUUGCACAUCAACCACUACAGUGGACACUAGUGCAUCAUCCUAUACACUGCCACCAAGUGGCAAACCAUUGUAUGUGGAAUUUUGGUUUCUCCAAACAAAGAAGGCCGACGGCCAGUCAGAAAUGCCAAGUUGCUCCGGAAAACCCAUCCAUUCCUUCUAUCCUAGGAGACUCUUGCAGUUAUCUUGGCAACCUGCUACAGAGAUCAAAAUGGCUGACCGCACCGUUCCUCAUGCUUAUCCAAUGAGUAUGGAUUAUGAGAUGUGUACUCCUCCUCGAAUCUAUGAUCAGAACUUUGCAGAGGCACUGAGUCCCAAGGACCUGUUGGCCCCUGUCCUGUACCACGGUUAUUACAUUCGUCCCCGCAUCAACAAGCAGCUCGAGAGGGGCUUCUCUCAGGUAGACAGUGAAGAUGACUGGUAUCGAGUUUUGCUGGACGUGUGCCAGUUUACACCGGAUGAAAUCAGUGUGCGAACUGUGGACAACCUGUUGGAGGUGACUGGGCGUCACGCUCAGCGAAUGGACCAGCAUGGCUUUGUGAGUCGUGAGUUUACCCGCACAUAUAUCUUGCCAAUGGGUGUGGAUCCGCUGCUGGUGCAGGUGUCUAUCUCACAUGAUGGGAUACUGUGUAUCCAGGCACCACGAAAAACUGAGGACCUGGAGCCUAAAAUCAACCAGCUCAAGAUUAAAGUGGACAAGAAGGAAAGCAAAAGUUAAUGAAGUGGAUUGAUAUAAGCAGGCCCACAUGGAAUCCCACAUGGAAAGUCCCCAACAUAGAAAAGUCUAUGGAGUUGGAAUGCCCAACACUUGCAUGUUUGUUUAUUAAAAAAAAAAUAGGAUAUUUUGAAUAAUUUGAAGUUCUUUCAGUUCUGUUCUCUCACAGUUUGCAUUCCACAGAAUUGCACAUUUUUCCAGCGAAAUUUUGCGCAUCUGAGAGUGUAGUGUAUCACAACUGUUUUCAAAAUUGAUAAUAAUAAGAAAUGUUUCUUGAGAAGCAAAUCAGCACAGAAUGAUUUCUGAAAGGAUCAUGUGACACUGAAGACUGGAGUAAUGAUGCUGAAAUUUCAGCUUUGCCAUUACAGGAAUAAAAUAGAUUUUAAAAUAUAUUAAAAUAGAAAAAAAUUAAAUUGCUAUAUGACAAUAUUACUGUUUUGUAUCAAAUAAAUGCCUUGGUGAGCAUAAGAGACUUCAGUUAAAAACUGAAUUAAAAAAUUAUUACUUUUGACUGGUAUAUGUUAGUUACUUAAGUUAUGGUUAGGGUUUACACUUUACAUCAGAGAGAAAAACAGUACACUCAUUUUAUGACCCAUGUUAAUUUCCCUCGGGAUAAACUUGCAGGAUGUGUGGCCAUGUGUGUAUUUUUGCUAGAUAAAUUAUGUUUUGUAAUAAACUUUUCUAUAUAGCUAGCAAGUAUUUAAAA